CCGCCUCUGCUGCGCAUGCGCGAGCGGUGCAGCAGCGGCCGCGGGAGCCGGGAGUAUUAUGGGCUGUGGGUGCCGCGGAGCAAGAUGGAGCUGUCUGCAGUGGGCGAGCGGGUCUUCGCGGCCGAAUCCAUCAUCAAGCGGCGCAUCCGAAAGGGGCGCAUCGAGUACCUGGUGAAAUGGAAGGGGUGGGCGAUCAAGUACAGCACUUGGGAGCCGGAGGAAAAUAUCCUGGACUCGAGGCUCAUCGCUGCCUUCGAGCAGAAGGAGCGGGAACGGGAGCUCUACGGACCCAAGAAGAGGGGACCCAAACCUAAAACUUUCCUGCUGAAGGCGCGGGCCCAGGCCGAGGCCCUUCGCGUCAGCGAUGUGCAUUUUUCUGUCAAGCCAAGCGCCAGCGCCUCCUCGCCCAAGCUGCACUCGAGCGCGGCCGUGCACCGGCUCAAGAAGGACAUCCGCCGCUGCCACCGCAUGUCCCGCCGCCCGCUGCCGCGCCCCGACCCGCAGGGUGGCACCCCGGGCCUGCGCCCACCCAUCUCGCCCUUCUCCGAGACGGUGCGCAUCCUGAACCGCAAGGUCAAGCCGAGGGAGCCCAAGAGAAGCCGCAUCAUCCUCAACCUCAAGGUGCUGGACAAGGGUCCUGGGGCGGCCACGGCCGGGAGCGGGAGUGGCACUGCCAGCCAGGCGGGGCAGGGUGCCAGCACCCUGGCACGCCCCAAGGUGCCAUCGCGGAACCGGGUGAUCGGCAAGAGCAAGCAGUUUGGCGACAGUGUCCUGCGAUCGCAGCUGCGCCACGUCCAGCUGGGCCCCUUCGCCCUCUACAAGCCGCCCCCCGGCCCGCCGGUGCCCACGCGCCCCGCCGCUGCCACCUCUGCGCCCCUGGACGCGCGCAGCUCCAGCUCCUCCGGCUGCCCCUCGCCCGUGCCCGCCUCCUCCGACCCUGACCCCGACGAUGCACCCCCCAAGCUGCACCCCGAAACCACUGCCACCGCACCCCACUGGCGGGAGCCCGAAGUGCUCGACCUGUCGCGCCAGCCCGAGCCCGGUGCCACCACCGGCAAGCGCGCUUCUGGCAUGGGCAUGGGUGGAGACACCCCCGGCCAGGCCUUGCCCGGGGGUCCCACCGAGCCACCGUCGCUGCCCCCGGCCGAGCCCGAGGCCGGGGACUGGCGCCCCGAGAUGUCACCCUGCUCCAAUGUGGUGGUCACUGACGUGACCAGCAACCUUCUGACCGUCACCAUCAAGGAGUUCUGCAACCCCGAGGAUUUCGAGAAGGUGGCAGGGCCCGCCGUAGUGGGGGGCGCUGGGGCCAGCAGCGGUGGGGCCGGCAAGUGAGGGGGGAGCCCCCCACCAGGAGGCAGGGACCGGGUCUGGGCGCCCUGCCCACCUGUGACAGUGCUUAGACCCGCUCCUGCACCCCCACUCUCCCCACGCCACCCCACCCCAGCCUGCCGGACCCUCUGCCUGUGCUUUUUGCUUGUUCUCAAACCGCUGCGCGUGGACACUCCCCUUUCCCGGGAUGGGAUGGGAUGGGCCCGGCUGGUUGGAGUCCCCUCAAGCCCACAUGGGGGUGGUGCUAAGGGUUGGGGCGGGGGUCCCCUGCUUCUCUGCACCCCCUCUGUGCGUACAGGAUCUGGGGGUCAGCUGCCCCUUCCUCCUUCUCUCCUUGCCCCUCCUUUCCCCGCUCACCUCCCUCCUGCCUCUGGGCAUCUGGUGCAUCUGGCUUCUUGGUGCUAACCUGGCAGCUGAGGGGGGGCCCCACUGUAGCUCCCCUGACCAGAGUGGCUGUACCCCUUACCUCCCAGAUAUUAGGGCUGGACCUGCGGGGCUGGAGGCACUUAGCAAUCAAUACUGCCCCUUCCUCUUCUGACCCCCAUCUGGAAGGUGGGGCCAGGCGGGCCACCCCACGCACGAUUCUCCACCAAAGGUGCUCCUGGGAGCUGCUGAGUUCCCCAUCUCACCUCCGCUGUCGCCCCGGUGCUGUCUGUGUCCUUGUGGGCCCCACUUUCCCAGGGCAUCCUCUUUCACUUCUGUAGAACAGGGUCCAAGGCCUGGUACUCUAUCUGGGGCCAUCUCCAGCCCCUGUGCACUUGGUCCUCCUUGGGGUGCUCAGCAGACAUGCAUGGAGAGACUAGGCAGGUGGGAGACCCCCACCCCAUCUUUCCUCUCCCCCCUCCUGCUUGAGAGGAAGGUCCUGGGUGUCCCCUGUCCCCGUGGGGCUCAGCCUGCCGACUUCUUCCCUGUGCUGUUCCCGGCCUCCCCCAUCCCCCCACCACAAGAGCAGAGUUGGGGAGAGGGGGCCUGUGUGCUUCAGGAUAAUGGGGUGCCAGGGUACCCCACAUAGUGGGCAAGGAGGCUGCAGCAGAGGGGACCCGGGGACCCAGUUAGGCAGCAAAAACCACCUUGUGGGGUGCGUUUUUCUCCCAACCCUCCUCUGUCCCAUUUCCCCCACCCCCCCUUUGUGCUGGCUUCGUGGCCAUUUAAGUGCCAAAUGGCCCCCCCCAAGGGCUGGUAUGCCUCCUCUGUCUCGGGGGGACCCAGACAGGUGACCCAGCGCCCACAGAGACGUGUUUUCCGAGAGUUCGUGGCAUUCGUGACCUUUUUUUGUAAAGGAGUUGUGUUUUCAGAGGUGAUUUUAUGACAGGAAAGUGAGAGUUAGUUUUGCAAAAAACAAAAAACAAACAAAAAAAAACCCAAAAAAGAAAAAAAAAAGAGGCAAAAAAAAAGAA